AUGCACGACGAUGAUGACUACUUUAACGACGACGAAGGAGGAGAGGAGCUUGAGUAUCAACCAGCGCCAGGAAGUCCUGCAGGCCAGGCGACGGACGAAGCCGGUAACGAGGCUACCGAGUCCGACGAUUCGGAUGAUCCCCUCGACAAGUUCAUGGAAAGCAUCGAGCUUGGUUCCAUUAACCGAGUUUCCAUGAGAGGAGUUCGAGAUGAUAUUGAACAGGAGGAUGAAAUGGAGACCUAUUUGCGGUUCAUGGAGGAGAAUCCGAACGUCGGCGUCACAGGCGAAGAGGACGAAAUCUAUGAGUACGAUGCCGAG